GACAGGAAUACUCCCAGCCUCAUAGUGUUACUGAAAGAAUGAAAUUAAUUAAUGCAUGAGAACAGGACCCAUAGUAAGUGCUGUAAAAAUGCUCAGUGGUGGUGUUAUUUUUAUAGAUGAAAUUACAGUUCAGUAGCUGGUGCUUUCCCAAACCCAAGAAGAAGCAAGUAGAGAGAUCUCAACACUGGUACCAGAUCCCCAAAGGCAGGUUUCCUGCCAUGUGUGCCCAUCCUCUGUUACGCACCUCUUCCAGGGCCAGAGGGUGUUCCACAGCCAUACACUGUGGUCAGAGUAUGAAUCACUUCAUGACUCCUGCCUCAACUUUUCCAGCCACAGUUGGGCCAGGAAUAUGGGAUUGGAGUCCCAGAGUUAAGGGCAGAGGACCAGAGGGGGACCAUCCCACUCUGAGUGAGGAUGGAAUUCAGGCCUUGGGACCCCAUUUCCACCCCAAUCUUCCCAAAAGCAGUCAGAGGAGCAAAAGGAGUCCCGAGGGAGGAUUGGGGUAGACACGGGGCCACUUCCUGUGACACAGGCCAGGGAGGCUGCACUAGCCGGAGGCGGCACUUGAACACGGUUCAAGUGGAAACAGCGGGGGCUUAGGGUUCGUAACGUUCCAUGAUCACAGGUUCCAAGGCUGCUAAGGCAGAGCUGGCCCAGGCUGGAGAAUCCACUCAGAGAAGGAGGGUCUUGGCUCAGCUGUGUCCAGGCUCCUGUGGUAGGGAAGUGGGAAAUCAGAAAAGGGAACAGUCAGGAGACAGAAGGGACGGGGAGAGGAGGCUGUGCUAAUUAAUUCCACCACCGGGUAUUGAACACCUCCACCAUCGGGUGUUGAGCGCCUCUUUGAUGCCAGCCCUGUGCUGGUGAGUCCUGGGAACACAGUUGCAGAUCCUCGGCACCCUCAGUUUAGCAGGGGAAGCAGGUGAUCUUCAAAAGGCAGUCUUGCUUCCAGGCGAUGGACACUGUGGCUGAGGAGUGACCUUCUGACACCCGGACUGGGCAUUGCCUCCCACCAUGGCUGCCACUGCCUCUCCGCAGCGACUCACCACUGAGGAUGCUGGUUCUGAGAACAGCAGCUUCUAUGACUACGACUACCUGGAUGAGAUACCCUUCAUGCUCUGCAGGAAGGAUGCGGUGCGGUCCUUUGGCAAAAUCUUCCUGCCAGUCUUCUAUAGCCUGAUUUUUGUGUUGGGCCUGAGCGGGAACCUCCUUCUUCUCACGCUUUUGCUCCGGUAUGUGCCUCGCAGGCGGAUGGCUGAGGUCUAUCUGCUGAAUUUGGCCAUCUCCAAUCUCCUGUUUGUGGUGACACUGCCCUUCUGGGGCAUCUCCGUGGCCUGGCAUUGGUUCUUUGGGAGUUUCUUGUGCAAGAUGGUGAGCACUCUUUAUACUAUUAACUUGUACAGUGGCAUCUUUUUCAUUGGCUGCAUGAGCCUGGACAAGUACCUGGAGAUCGUCCAUGCUCAGCCCUACCACAGGCUGAGGACCCGGGCCAAGAGCCUGCUUCUCAUUACCAUAGUAUGGGCUGUGUCCCUGGCCAUCUCUAUCCCUGGUAUGGUCUUUGUACAGACACAUGAAAAUCCCAAGGGUGUGUGGAACUGCCACGCAGAUUUCAGCGGGCAUGGGACCAUUUGGAAGCUCUUCCUCCGCCUCCAGCAGAACCUCCUAGGGUUUCUCCUUCCACUCCUUGCCAUGAUCUUCUUCUACUCCCGUAUUGGUUGUGUCUUGGUCACGCUGAGGCCCCCAGGCCGGGGCCGGGCUCUAAAAAUAGCUGUAGCCCUGGUGGUGGCCUUCUUUGUGCUGUGGUUCCCAUACAAUCUCACCUUAUUUCUGCAUUCGCUAUUGGACCUGCAAGUAUUCGGGGACUGCAAGGUCAGCCAGCACCUAGACUAUGCACUCCAGGUGACAGAGAGCAUCGCCUUCCUUCACUGCUGCUUUUCCCCCAUCCUGUACGCCUUCUCCAGUCACCGCUUCCGCCAGUACCUGAAGACUUUCCUGGCUGCUGUGCUUGGAUGGCACCUGGCACCUGGCACUGCCCAGGGCUCAUUGUCCAGCUGUCCUGAGAGCAGCAGUCUUACUGCCCAAGAAGAAAUGACUGGCAUGAAUGACCUUGGGGAAAGGCAGAUUGAGAACUUCCCUAACAAGGAGGAUGUGGGGAAUAAAGCAGCCUGAGUGUCCAAACCUCGGUCUGCUGGGAGCAGAUGGGAACCAGCUUAUUUGGGAAUCCACUGAAAGUGCUCUCUCCAGGGUCCUCAGUGACCAUGUUGCUAAACCCAGUGGUCAAUUCUCAGUUCUCAGCCAUCAGCAGCAUUUGCUCACCCCUGCCUUCUUCCUCCACUUUCUUCACUUGCUUCCACGACACCACACUUUAUUUUCUGAAUUGCUGUGAUAGUCCCUCCCUCCCUCCCUCCUUUCCCUUCUCCCUUCCUCCCUUUUCCUCCCUCCCUCCCUCCCUCCCUCCCUCUCUCCCUCCUCCCCCUCCCUCCCUCCUUUCUGACAGGGUCUCACUCUAUUGCUCUGUCACCCAGGCUGGAGUGCAGUGGUGAGAUCUCAGCUCACUGCAGCCUCUGCCUCCCAGGUUCAAGUGAGUCUCAUGCCUUAGCCUCCCGGGUAGCUGGACUAUAGGCGCCUGGCCACCACCAUGCCCAGCUAAUUUUUGUAUUUUUAUUAGAAACAGAGUUUCACCAUGUUGGCCAGGCUGGAGAAUUGCUGCAAUAGCUUUCCAACUGGCCACUGUGCUUCCUAUUUCUUGCUCUCCUCCCACCUCAUCUGCACCCAGCAGCUAGAGUAAUCCCGACAUUCUCAACCUUCACUAUCACCUUCCUCAGAGCAACAGCCUGUUGAAACACCAGAUCACAACAAAUUUAGUUUAAAGGUCUCAAUUAGUGUUAUUGGCAAUCCUAGAAUCAGACAAUAGGUUCAUUGAAUCAGGAACAGAUUCAGUCCAUAAAAUAGGAGUUUUCCAAUGAGCUGGGUAGAAGAGGUUAGUUUCAUAGACAGGAAAGGGCUCUGGAAGGCAGAAAUAAAUAAAUGAAGAACAAAAAGAAGAUUGAUAUUUUUUUUUGAGGCAGGUUAUCACUCUGUCACCCUGGCUGAAGUGCAAUCCUGAAAUCAUGGCUCACUGCAGCCUCAAUCUCCUUAGCUCAAGUGAACUUCCCAUUUCAGCCCUGCGAGUAGCUAGGACUACAGGGGUACACUGGCUAAUUUUUGUAUUUUUUGUAGAGACAGGGUCUCACUAUGUUACUCAGGUUGGGCUGGAACCCCUGGGCUCAAGUGAUCCACCUGCCUCAGCCUCCAAAAGUGCUAGGAUUACAGGCGUGAACCACCUCCCAGGGCCAGAUUGGUCAUUUCUUUCUUUCUUUUCUUUUUUUUGAGACAGAGUUUUGCUCUGUUACCCAGGCUGGAGUGCAAUAGUGCAAUCUCGGAUCAAUGCAACCUCCACCUCCUGGGUUCAAGCAAUUCUCCUGCUUCAGCCUACUGGGUAGCUGGGACUACAGGCAUGCGCCACCAUGCCCAGCUAAUUUUUGUAUUUUUAGUAGAGACAGGGUUUCACCAUGUUGACCAGGAUGGUCUCGAUCUCUUGACCUUGUGAUCCACCCACCUUGGCCUCUCAAAGUGCUGGGAUUAUAGACGUGAGCCACUGUGCCGGGCCAGAUUGGUCAUUUCUAAGUUACUUUCUGUAUAAGGCCAGAACAGGGUGGUUGACAUCAGGUUUCUUCAGGUUACUUUUUUGUAGUGAUUCAAACACAGGGAACUUUAAUGAGCCUGGUAUUGUCUGCAUUAUCACGCCAACUGAAACUGGCCAGUUGGGGAAUUUGGCUGCUAACUCUCUCUCCUGGAGUCUCAAAGGUCAGAUAACAACUUAGUUUAGGUUUGAGGACAUGGAACUUUACUAUGACAGACUCCAUUUUGGUUUAGUCUAGUCUACUGUGACUAGUGCAGGAGCUUAGUCCAAAACAGUGGCCUCCUGGAGUUUUUACUUAACAAGCCAAAUCCCUACGGGAAUCCUUUAAAGCCUAUGCGAAGGGCAAAGAGGAUAGGUAGGCAGCCCCUGAUACUCGCUGCCCUUAUGUCCUGUUGGAGGAGGUCUUGAUGUGUGUGAUGGAGUAUAUGUUUGCUGAGAGGUGAUGGCAAGGAACACUGAACCAUCCCCAGGCAGAAAACUGUUAGAAUAGUAAGCUGUAUGUACCAGUCAUGCACUAGUUAAAUCAGCUUCCAAAAUACAGGAUAUUUCACUUUGUCCCCAUUGCUGACUCACAAAGAGUGCUUUCUAGCUUAUUUCUAUUUUAGCAGUGAACAGGCACUGUCUGCAUGUUUAGUCUAUCUUUAUUCUAUGAAGAAACACCGAGCAUCUGCUUAUUAAAAAUAAUCACUUGUUCACAAAGAAUAAAUAUGUGGGUCAGAGUCUGCUCUGGGCUGUCAGCUGGGAAAUGCUGUCAGCCCCCUGACAACCCACUCUGAUCCCACUUUUGCACUCUA